UUGACGCUACCGAUUGACCAUUUCCGCGCGCCAACGGGGGCUGCGGCUUCUCCCUUCUUCACCAUGUCGUCGACAUCCCCGAACAUGUUGACCAAGUUCGAAUCAAAGUCCUCGAGAGCAAAGGGUAUCGCUUUUCACCCAAAGAGGCCAUGGAUCCUCGUCUCGCUGCAUUCCUCUACAAUCCAACUGUGGGACUACCGCAUGGGCACUUUGAUUGAUCGCUUCGAAGAACACGAUGGUCCGGUUCGUGGCGUAGAUUUCCACAAGACACAACCUCUGUUCGUCUCCGGCGGUGACGAUUACAAGAUCAAGGUCUGGUCGUAUCAGACGCGCCGGUGCCUUUUCACCCUGAAUGGCCAUUUGGACUAUGUCCGUACCGUCUUCUUCCACCACGAGCUGCCAUGGAUAUUGAGCAGCUCCGAUGACCAGACCAUUCGUAUCUGGAACUGGCAAAACAGAUCCCUAAUAUGCACCAUGACCGGCCACAACCAUUACACAAUGUGCGCACAAUUCCACCCCAAAGAAGACCUCGUCGUUUCUGCCUCGCUCGAUCAAUCGGUCCGCGUUUGGGAUAUAUCGGGACUCAGGAAGAAGCACUCUGCGCCGACCUCGAUGUCGUUCGAAGACCAGGUUGCGCGUUCCAACCAGAAUCAGGCAGACAUGUUUGGAAACACAGAUGCAGUGGUCAAGUUCGUUCUCGAGGGCCACGAUCGGGGUGUCAAUUGGGUCGCCUUCCACCCUACGCUUCCAUUGAUCGUUUCCGCUGGUGACGAUCGUUUAGUGAAGCUUUGGAGAAUGUCUGAGACUAAAGCGUGGGAGGUUGAUACAUGCCGAGGGCAUUUCCAGAAUGCGUCAGCUUGUCUUUUCCAUCCCCAUCAAGACUUGAUACUCUCAGUGGGCGAAGAUAAGACCAUUCGCGUGUGGGAUCUUAAUCGGAGGACUUCGGUACAAUCUUUCAAGCGCGAGAACGAUCGAUUCUGGGUCAUCGCUGCCCACCCAGAAAUCAACUUGUUUGCUGCUGGUCACGACAAUGGAGUCAUGGUCUUCAAGCUGGAACGCGAACGCCCCGCAUCUGCCGUUUACCAAAACAACCUUUUCUACAUCACCAAGGAGAAGCACGUUCGAUCAUAUGAUUUCCAGAAGAACAUUGAGUCUCCCUCAAUGUUGUCGCUAAAGAAGCUUGGAAGCGCAUGGAUGCCUCCACGUACUCUUUCUUACAACCCCGCAGAGCGAUCUAUCCUGGUCAUUUCACCUGCUGAUGGCGGCACGUACGAACUUAUCAGCCUUCCUCGGGAUGCUACGGGUGCGGUGGAACCUACAGAUACUAAGCGUGGCUCCGGAAACUCUGCGGUGUUUGUUGCACGCAAUCGCUUCGCAGUUUUCAGUUCAUCAAACCAGCAAAUCGACAUCAAAGACCUUAACAACUCAACGACGAAGACCAUCAAACCCCCUCACGGAACCACAGACAUCUACUUUGGCGGCACUGGAAAUCUCCUGCUGAUCACACCCACCAGCGUUGUUCUCUACGAUAUCCAAGCGAAGAAAAAUCUCGCUGAACUCGCUGUCAAUGGAGUCAAAUACGUCGUGUGGUCCUCUGAUGGUCUCCAUGCUGCUCUUCUAAGCAAACACAACGUCACUAUUGUUAACAAGAAUCUCGAUCAAAUCAGUACUCUACACGAGACAAUCCGCAUCAAGAGCGCGACGUGGGACGACGCCGGUGUUCUUCUUUACUCCACUCUCAAUCACAUCAAGUACAGUCUCAUGAAUGGUGACAACGGAAUUGUCCGGACUUUGGAACACACCGUGUACUUGGUCAAGGUCAAGGGCCGAAACGUGUAUUGCUUGGAUCGCGCAGCAAAGCCCAAAAUUCUACAGAUCGACCCCACCGAGUACCGUUUCAAGCUGGCGUUGGUAAAGCGCAACUACGACGAGAUGUUGAACAUCAUCAAAAACUCAAGUCUUGUUGGACAAAGCAUCAUUUCUUACCUUCAGAAGAAGGGCUACCCAGAAAUUGCUCUCCAAUUCGUGCAAGACCCUCAAACUCGCUUCGAACUUGCUAUUGAAUGUGGUAACCUUGAUGUGGCCGUUGAGAUGGCUAGACAGCUCGACCGACCCAAACUUUGGCAGCGUUUGAGCUCCGAGGCCCUUGCGCACGGCAAUCACCAAGUGGUGGAGAUGACCUACCAGAAGUUGCGAAACUUCGACAAGCUUUCCUUCUUGUAUCUGUCAACAGGAGAUCAAGAGAAGUUGAAGCGUAUGGCCAAGAUUGCUGAACACCGUGGAGAUGUCACUGCCCGCUUCCAGAAUUCGCUCUAUCUGGGCGAUGUGCAGAACCGUAUCGAGAUGUUCCAGGAAAUCGACCUUUACCCUCUGGCCUACGCCACGGCCAAGGCUCACGGUUUAGACGACCAGGCCGAAUCUAUCCUCGAAGCAAGCGGCCUCACCGAGGAUCAGAUCAACAUGCCGUCUGUAGGCGCUGCUCUUCUGCCUCCUCGACCUAUCGUUCCCACCCACAAGGCGAAUUGGCCUACGCGAGCAGCAUCCUCCACUGUCUUUGAAAAGGCAUUAUUGGGCGAAAGUGAUGGCGCAGGUAUCGAUGAGCCAGCUGCCAACGGUUAUGGUGACGAAGACCUCUUGGGCGAAGAAGCGCCUGCUGCCGUUGUCGAUGAACUAGGUGGGGAAGAGGAAGACGACGUUGGUGGAUGGGACAUGGGUGAUGAUGGGGAAGCUGAAGCCGAAGAUGACUUUGUCGAGGUCGAAGGUGCGGAAGCCGGUGCUGGUAGCAGCGAGGCAGAUCUGUGGGCCCGAAACUCUCCUUUGGCGGCAGACCACAUUGCUGCGGGUUCAUUCGAGACAGCCAUGCAACUUUUGAACCGCCAAAUAGGUGCUGUCAAUUUUGCACCGCUCGAGGGACGUUUUGAGGAGAUAUACCAGGCUUCAAGGACCUUCCUGCCUGCUACUCCAAACAUGCCGUCACUCGUCAACUACGUACGGAGAACUGUCAACGAGACGGAUUCUCGCAAGAUUCUACCAAUCAUCCCACAGGACCUGCAGUCCAUUCUAUCCAGCUAUCUCCAAGCGGGCAAGUCUUCCAUGGUAAAGAAUCAAUUGGAAGAGGGUGUGAACUUGUUCAAAAAACUGCUCCACUCAUUGAUCAUCAACGUUGUCUCAUCACAAGCGGAGCUUUCAGAGGCGAGAAAGGCCAUCAGCACUGCAGCUCAAUACACUCUCGCCAUGUCUAUCGAGCUGUCCCGACGCGCUCUCGUUCAGGGUGCUGCAGCCGCAGAUAUCUCUCACCUUCCAGAAGAUACCCGCAAGCGUGCGCUUGAACUGUCCGCAUACUUCACUGUCCCUGAGCUCGAGGGUGCACACAGAUCCUUACCCCUUUCAGCUGCCAUGAACUUCGCCAACAAGAAUAAGCAACUCAACACCGCGCUUAAUUUCGCCAACGCUCUGUUGGAUCGAACGGGUAAUGCUAAGCUGAAGGAAGCAGCGAAGAGAGUGAAGACGGUCGCAGAGCGGAACCCUGCCGACGCCAUCGAGAUUGAUUUUGAUCAAUUUGCCGACUUCGAGAUCUGUGCGGCAUCUUACACACCCAUCUACCAAGGCAAUCCAUCUGCCGCGUGUCCCUACGACGGCUCAAAAUACCACGCCAAAUACAAGGGCACUGUAUGCAAGAUCUGCGAGGUCUGUCAAAUUGGUGCCCCGGCGAGUGGGUUGAGGCUUGUUGGCUGA